CUUUUCCAUUCUGUGGAUGAGAUCCUUCUUUUAAACGUCGAUGUCAGUUUUGCAGCCACGUCCUUUGCACUAGCAGACCUCGCCCAAUACAAGGACACCCAAGAGAAAGUUCAACAAGAAAUAGACGAGGUCCUCCGGGGAGAGGAUCCGAGCUCCUUCUCAGACUUGGACAAGAAACUACCAUAUAUGGAGAUGGUAUUGAAAGAAAGUGCGAGAAUGCACCCAGCGUUGGCGCUAAGCUUGCCUGAAAGGACAGUAAAGCAAGUGACUGAUGUGGGAGGAUUCCAGAUUCCUAAAGGGGUGAGAGUAUGACUUUGUCUGUUUUUUUUUGUUGUUGUGUCAAACAAUUGCACACCCGUUACCACCCUGGUGUGGACCAAUACUACCAGACAUUAAGCUUCAAAGGUACGCGCUGCAAGAAGGCGGGCGCAAUUUUGGUUUUCGAGUUGCUCAGUCACAAUUGGGUUACUUUUCUUGUAUUGUGAUCCUUCCCGUAAGGGUAUCCUGGGUACCAGAGGUUUCAAUUCUCGGUUUGGGCCGAUGCUAGUCUGUGCCCAGCAUUUUGUUUUGAGGGGAGGGGUGGCGCUGUACAAAGCAGGCUACCGAAACAGGUACCCCAUCUUGUGAAUUUUCUGGCACCAAGGGUAUCGAUAUAACGAACAUCUAUAUAACGAAGUCCUCGACAUAAAUAACGAUUUUCUUUGCCCCGUAGUAGUAGUAAGAUAUAAAAGAAAACGAUGGUCGAUAUAACGAAACCCUUAUAGCAAAUAAAUUUUGCCAGUCCCAGUCUUUGCACUGAGUUAUAUUGAAGCUCCACUGUAUGAGGUUUCUUUGGACCUCAUGAUCUCAAUCGCGGUACCUUAACGUCGCGUAGUAGUUUUCUUUUUUAUUUCAGAGCACUUUGUAGUUUUGUCUUGUGAUCCUUAAAGAGGCCUAACCGUCGUAGAAUGACUCAAGAUUUUUCUCCCAAAUAAAUAGCUAACUGCUGGUUCACCAAGAAAGGCAAACGAAUAUUAGCGCUUUUUCCUAGAUACUGAAUGUUGCAAUCGCAUUUGCGUCUUGAGAGGGCAAAGACAACAACAAUUUAUCUUUUAAAUUAGUGCUGAGCGAAGGAUUCAACAUAUACGAGUUCAUCUCAAGGGUGCUGCAUGGGUUUACUAACUUCUAACUGAAAAUAAUUGUGUUUUUCUUUCUUCUUGCUGCAGACGCCAGUUUGCGUAGAUACCUAUUCCCUGAACUUCUCUGAGCAGUUUUGGGAAAAUCCUGAGAAAUUUUACCCGGAACGGUUUUCUAAUGGCAUGAAACACGUAGCCGGUUCUUUUUUUCGCUUUGGACUGGGUCCCCGGAAGUGCCUCGGGUAUCGGUAUGCCCUAGCGAUUACUCGUUUGGUGGUGGCGUCAGUUUUGCAGAGGUUCACACUUGAACUGGCCCAACCCAGUGGUGACCUGACAAGAGUAAAGGCCAAGGGAAUGACCUUUUUCACACCAUACCUGAGUCCAACUAUAAUAUUUCAUGAACGAAAAUGA